AUGGAGAACAAAGCAGCCGAGGCGUACGCAGCUCCGCCUAGCUAUGAAGAGGCACAGGAACAGAAUCGUGCCAAUGAGGUUCGCGCAAAUCCCGUGAUCGGUCCAGCUGGAUACCCUGUACAACCACCGGCUCCCUAUGUCUUCCAGGGCACCACCACUGUACCUCCACCAUUGGGCGGUGCCCCAGCAGCUCCGAUCCUUCUCCAAGCACGGACCUCUGUCUAUGGAGCGAUGCCGGUCGAAAUCGAUUGUCCACAUUGUCAGGCUCACAUCAUCACGCACAUUGAACGCGUUGCCGGUAUCUUGCCUUGGAUCAUUUUCUCCGUUUGCAUCAUUCUCGGCUUUUUCCUCUUUGGAAUCCCCUGGUGUUUCUGCUGUAUCCCGUUUUGUUUGGAGCCGUGUCUCGACGUGGUUCACUUGUGCCCAUGCUGUAAACGACAUUUGGGACGCUUUUCACGAGUU